GGAAACCGAGGCAUCUAAGAAUUAAGUUUUAUGUCCGGUAGUUGCAUUCAGCCGUAUUUUGUUACUUCUUAGGAGAAAGGAGUGAACAUUUAAUAUUAUCAAAUAAUAUCUUUGAAACAUAUUAAAAAAUCAGAAUGCCUGCGGAUCCUUCGGAAGAAAUUGCCGGACCUCAGGUCCCCAAAACAGAGCUAGAGGAGUUGCAGAUUUCAGCACAAGGAGUAGCUGAUGAGUCUUUGGAUAGUACGCGACGAAUGCUUGCUCUCUGCGAGGAGAGCAAGGAAGCAGGAAUACGUACACUUGUAGCCCUUGAUGAUCAAGGAGAGCAACUGGACCGCAUUGAAGAGGGAAUGGAUCAAAUUAAUGCUGAUAUGAGAGAAGCAGAAAAAAAUUUGAGUGGAAUGGAGAAGUGUUGCGGUAUUUGUGUGCUACCGUGCAAUAAGAGCCAGUCUUUUAAAGAAGACGAUGGAACUUGGAAAGGAAAUGAUGAUGGAAAAGUUGUCAAUAAUCAACCUCAAAGAGUUAUGGAUGAUAGAAAUGGAAUGAUGGCACAAGCAGGAUAUAUUGGCAGAAUUACAAAUGAUGCGAGGGAGGAUGAAAUGGAAGAAAAUAUGGGACAGGUUAAUACAAUGAUUGGAAACCUCCGUAACAUGGCUCUGGAUAUGGGCUCUGAGCUAGAAAAUCAAAAUCGACAAGUUGACAGAAUUAAUCGCAAGGGCGAAUCUAAUGAAGCCAGAAUAGCUGUAGCUAACCAAAGAGCCCAUCAGCUACUAAAAUAAGGAGAUUAUAGGACGACGUGUACAUACAUUCAUAGUCUCUUCAAUACAUGUUCAUAUUUAUUUUCGGUUA